AUGAGGCCUACUGUUGUCGCCGCCGCCCUUCUGAGCGUGGCUGCUGCCGCGCCUACGCGCUCUGCGGGCCUUGGCGACGAUGUCGAAAGCUCGCAGCUGAUGCAGGGCGUGGGGCCCGAUGCUCGACAGAUUGGUGGUCUGAUGUCCGACGGAAGUCCCCACACCAAGGAUGACCAGAGGCGUGGCAUCACCGUGGGCGGAUCGGACCUCAUUGACGGUAUUCUGACCAUGGUCAUGAAAGCAUUGAAGGACAAGGGUAUCGAUAUCUCCGUGGGUGAGAAGGACUCUCUGAAGGGUCUCAUCGAAGGCCUCUUGCAGGGUGGCCUCGGGCAGGAUCUCAACAUACUCGGUAAACGGCAAAUCGGUGGAUUUCUGGGUAAUUCCCGCGACAAGAACAGAAAGCACGACAAAAACCGCCGUCAGCUUGACGCUCUGACUGGACUCCUUGGUGGCGGCGGAGGCAGCGGCGGCUCAGGAGCCAUUGACGGUGUUCUCGCGCUCAUUGUUUCGCUUCUCGGAGGAGUUGGCGGCGCCGGCGGUCUCGGAGGCACACUUUCCGGAGCCACCGGGGGUCUUGGUGGAGUUGGCGGCGCUGGAGGUCUUGGAAGCACUCUCUCUGGGGCCACGGGGAGCCUCGGAGGAGUUGGUGGCGCCGGUGGUCUCGGAGAGACACUCUCCGGAGUCACCGGGGCCCUUGGUGGAGUUGGCGGCGCUGGAGGUCUUGGAGGCACUCUCUCUGGGGCCACGGGGAGCCUCGGAGGAGUUGGCGGCGCCGGUGGUCUUGGAGAGACACUCUCCGGGGUGACGGGAGGUCUUGGAGGCGCGACUGGCAGUCUUGGUAACCUGGCUGGAAAUGUUGGAGGCCUAGCUGCGGGCUUGUCUGACACCUCUUCAACCACAGGAGCCCUGGCGCCUGCCACCGGUGCGGUCUCUGGUCUGGGAGGUAUCGGUGGCGCUGGUGGCGACCUGGACUUGGAUGGCCUGCUGAGCCUAUUCGGCGGGGCUGAAGGUCUCACCAGCCUCCUUGGUGGUGGCAGUGGCAUGGAUGUUCAGGGUAUUCUUGAUCAGUUCGGUGGCGUUCAAGGACUGGGCGGCCUUCUCGGGCAGCUUGGUAGCCUUGAUGGUCUCAAAAGCCUCCUGGGAUUGGUUGGAGGCGCGGAUGGACUCAGCAACCUUCUUGGUCAAGUCGGUGGUGUCGAACAACUCACCGGACUCUUAGGUGGCAUCGGCGGUCUUGAUGGGCUUGACGGUCUCCUUGGGGGUGCUGGCGGCCUUGAUGGGCUUACCGGACUCCUGGGAGCUGUUGGCGGCGCUGGCGGUCUAACUAGCCUGCUUGGCCAAGCCGGUGGCGUUGGACAACUCACCGGCCUCCUUAGCGACCUCGGUGGUCUUGAUGGCCUCACUGGUCUCCUAGGGGUGGUCGGUGGUCUUGAUGGACUUACCAGCCUUCUAGGUCUGCUUGGCGGCGGCGAAGGGCUCAGCAGCCUGCUUGGUCAAGUCGGUGGUAUUGAUGGACUAACCAGCCUCCUUGGUCAAACUGGCGGUGUUGGCGGCCUUGAUACCCUCCUCGGAGAAGUUGGUGGUAUUGGAGGACUCACUAGUCUUCUUGGAGGUAUCGGCGGUGUUGACGGCCUUACGGGACUCCUUGGAGGUGCGGGCGGCGGUCUUGAUCUUGGAACCUUGUCUGGUGGCCUGGGCGGUGCUGCUGGAGGCGCCGGCGCCGCGAUACCCUUCCUCUCCCGGUUGUCCCAAGACGCCCAAGGCGACUCCGAGGGCAGCGCCUUGCCUCCUCUUCCCUCGACAACCUUCAGCACUUCGAUUGCCAGCACCCCUACGGCUACACCCUCUACCCCUGGUGCGAUCAAUGCCGCCGAGAACGAGAAGCGUCAGUUCGGUGGCUUGCUCAACAGCAUCUUCAGCAGUGGUGGCAAUGCUAACGCCGGUGGUGCAUUGAACGCGGGUCUCGAUAUCAGCGCAUCCGGCAGCAGCUCGGGCAGCAUUUCUCUGGAUGACGUUGCCAACGCCAUCAAUAGUGCAUCGAACAAUGGUGCUCUGAGCAUUGAAUUGGGUGGUGUCGCCGAGCCCGGUGAUCUGGUCAUUGAUCUCGGCACGGUCACCAGCGGCUCUGGCGGCGCCGACUUUGACCUCGAGUCGAUCUUCUCCGGCGGCAACGCUGAGGCCUACUUCCCCGGCAUAGAUUUGAGUGACUUUACGGGAGACUUGGACUUGAACAACAUUGGCGGCACCAUUGAGGGUCUUGUGAACCUUGGCCUCGGUGGUUUCCUGGGUCUCUUUGGGGCCAUCGAGGCAGCCAAGGGCGGUGCUCUCAACUACGGUCUUGACGCCCUCCUGGGUGGUCUUGGUGGUUUCGGUGGCCUCCAGGGCGAUCUGAACCCAGCCACUGGUGGUGCCUUGGACCUUGAUUUCGGCUCACUCCUGGGUGGUCUGGCUGGCGGAGGUGGCUUGAGCUUUUCCGGCGGUGCCUCUGGCGGUGCCUCUGGUGGUGCUUCGGGAAGCGUAGGCGCCGGUGGCAGCUUUGGUUUCGAUGAUCUGUCCGGGAACGUUGGGCUCGGUGAUCUUGACAGCGUCCUCGUCGGUCUCUCUGGACUGUCCGGAGACUUUGCGUCCGGUGGCCUCAACCUCCCUGGUGCCGCUGCCCAGUUCUUUGGGUCUAUCGCGGGAGGCGCCGCCAGCACUGCCGGUACUAUUGCCCAGGGAGCACUUGGAGCCUUCGCUCAGGGUGCGGGAGCUCUGGCGCAAGCUGGAAGCGAAAUUGCUGGUGGAGCUGCUGACCUGGCUGGCGAUAUCGUCGGUGGCAUAGCGGACGGCUUUGGCAGUGUUUUGGGAGGUCUUGGUGGAAGUGGCAGCGGAAGUGGUAACGGCGGCCUCAACCUCGGUGGGCUCCUUGGCCUAGGUGGCUCUGGGUCUGCUUCUGGCUCUGGAUCCGGUGGUGGACUCUUUGGCCUCGGUGGCUCUGGAUCUGUUGGUGCCUCUGGGUCAAUUGGGGGCUCCGGCUCAGUUGGUGGCUCCGGAUCUGCCGGCGGCUCUACUUCUGGGAGUGUCGGUGGCUCCAGCACCAUCACUUUCGAUUUUGGUGGCGCCGGGUCCAACGGGCAGCUCAGCAGCAGCUCAUCCAACAGCGACGCCUCCUCGUCGUCCCAGUACACCUUCACACUGCCCUUCACUUUCAACAACAAGAAGGUCGAUGGCGCUCAAUAA